AUGGCAUUGGUUAAUGGCGACAGGAAUACCGAAGUGAUCCUCUUCAAUGAAAGCUUACUCUUCGAAUUGCACUCACAUUCGAAAACAGAACUCGUCAUCCGUCUCUGGGGGUCUUCAACAACCGGUCCCGAAGGAAAGAUAUGCGAAGCUAGGUGCGAUUUUCGAGGCUGGGGCGGCAACGAUCACAAAGUUGAAGUCCAACUAUCCAAGGAUCAAAUUCUAAUUGGCAGACUAAGAAUGAACUUUUAUCUGCUGUCGAAGGAACAACCUCUAAACAAUAUAUGGGCUGAAACUGCUGCAGCCCUCUUAAUACAUGAUAUCAAAAUAUCAAAUAAUUGGAAGUCGUUGGAAUUUGGGACGACACCUAACUAUGAAAUCAUACAUUAUAAUGGAGAUUCGAAGUUUCCGGUUUGUCUGAAAGUGGUCUCGCCCUCCCGAUCCGUUGUGAAUAUAAGGUAUAAGUUCGGUGGUGGGUCUGCAGAGGCGAAUUUAAACAUUAAGGAGCAAAGUGGUGGGAUGUAUUGGACAGAGUUGAGGGAUCAAGGUUCAACAAAUGGUAAUGUUUGUUCUAUUUUAUCUGUUUUCACGAAUAAAUCGAAACGAAUCUAUUGCUAA